UCUCGUUGAAUAAACCACCAACAACCGUAAAGGAAGUAAAACAACAACAACAGUCUCAUGCUGCAGAAACGUGAUGCUGAGAUGGAAGAAACAGAAUAUGAAGAUAUUUUAGACGACUGGUUCAUCGAGUCCCUGAAAACGUACAAAGAUCUUCACGUGUAUCAGCUGGAACAUCCCACACAGGUCAUCGAGUGGACGUCUGGGAAAACCGUGUGUGUCGCAGGGUACAGUCCGGCUAAAAAUGAAAUCCUGGAGCUUCAUCUGCCUCCGAAACUGUUCGCUGAUGAAAAUAAGGGUCUCUGUGCAGAAAGGGACUUCAAAGUUGUCCAUGGUGGGUUCACAGACGGUCCAGUCCGCUGCCUCCGACACGUCCCGGGAACACGGUGUGUUGUUACCAACGACGGGCGGAGCUCCUACCUGCAGGUUUGGACCGUCGGAGGAGACGACAGCGAGGUGAUCAGGAGAACGGGGAGCAUCGAGGGGAGGAGCAGGAGGAGCAGGAGUGUUUCAGAAGGAGGCAGCAGGAUCGCAGCUCGCCGUCCGUCACUCGUUCUCCACGGAGGUCAGAGCGACGACGUCCAGCUGACUCAGCUGACCUCGGGUCAGAUUCUCUACACACUCGAAACAGACUCAGUGGAUCCUGUGAGUUCUCUACAUUUCGUGAGCGACGCCGUUUUCCUCGCCGGCUGCUGUAACGGGAACGUUUACGUCGCUGACACUCGGACGUCUGCUGCUCCUCAGCUUUCACCUCCUCCUCCAGGAGACGCUGCCCUCUGGUGGACGGAGGCCUCCCCGUCCCCCUGCAGGGUGCUCAGGCUCUCCUCUUCUGGACAGGCGGAGGUUUCAGACCUGAGGAACCUCCGAUCAGCUGUGAGUCGAGCUCAGCUGGACGUCCAAUCACGGACCUGCAGCCUGUAUGAUGUCACGGUGUCCUGGGCUCCGGCGCUGCACGGCUGCAUGGCGGUGUCAGGUUUCAGUGGAUCGGUUCAGAUAUACGACACGUCAGUCUGGAGGUCGGAGCUGCAGGAGGUCCGACCUCUGUUCCAGCACCGUGGCCACGCCGUCUCCUCCCAGUCUGAGUCCGUCUCCUCCCAGUCUGAGUCCGUCUCCUCCCAGUCUGAGGACGCCGUCUCCGUCUCCUCCCACGUCUGGCACCCCGAGCGGCCGAGGACGCUGCUGUCUGCCGCCUCGGACGGCUCCGUCCACGUCUGGGACUGGGUCGACCAAUCGGCUGCCAGCUGAGGGAGGACGGACUCUGACGGACUUGUAGAAGUUUCUGAUUUACCAGAUAAAAACUGGAGGUGUGGCGUCACUUUAAAUACCUUUCCGUGUGGAUUCUAGCAACACCUCCUUCUUUAUGGACUGAUUUGAAGAGAUGAAACUAGAAAAUAAUUACAGAAACAGUUCAAACGUCUUCUGUCGAAAUCACUUUUUAAAAC